GCAGCUCGAUAGGAAACAGGGGGCCUCAUAGGUUGAGAGAGGGGUGGUUAGUUGUGCAUGGGUGGGAUAUAAAUACCUGCAAUAGACAAGGGCGGCGAAAAGCUGAGGGUAUGACACACUGGCUUACCUGCAUAUCUACUAGAAAGGAGACGGGGAGAUGCAAGAGGCCCUAAUAGUAGGUGAGAAACAUCUUUGAGCAGAUAUACCAGUGAUAGAAACCUGAGGCUCAUCACUAUCAUCUUCGAGCUGAAUGUGUAGUCAUGCCAAAAACUGUGAAAAGUUCAGGCUGAAGUGCUGACAUCCAUUUCAGUCAGGUUAUCCUUCCCAAGAGAGUGAAGAGAGAAGUAUGCUUUACUGAGCCAGACAGAGAAGGACAAGGAAAGAAGAAGAUACAAGGGGUGAAAGAAGACAAGACGUGGUGAGACGAGGUAGAACAAAGGAAGGCCAAAGAGGAUGAGACAAAAGACAAAGUAAGACUACACAUAACAAGACACAAGAAAGGAAGGGAAGGGAACAGAUUUCAACAGACUUGAAAAGAAGACAAAGCACAAGCAAAGCAGCAAUGGGAGACAAGACCAAAUAAAGCAAGAGAAAGCAAGCGAAGACAGGAAAUCGUUCGAGGGACCACAUCAGACUUCAGUGUACCAUUGGGAUCAGCUGAGUGUGAGCGGCCAGAGAAGAAUGGCAUGUCAGGCGUUCAGCGCCGACUCUUUCACCCCACUGGCAGGAGAGUCAGCUUUGCCAAUCCUCAUGCACCAUGCCUCUACCAGUGACUGCCUACCAACCACCUCCCAUGCACACAGCAUGGUUUCUGCAGUAUCCUCAGGUCUGUCCCUGGGUCAGACUUCCAAGCGCUCCCACAUGCACCUGUCCACCUCCUCCCUCGGCAACACUCUUGGCAACAGCCCCCCGAGCCUACAUUAUCCUGUCACCCCCUGUCACUACAGCAACCAGCAAGCCACCUAUGGCAUGAUGGCAGCUCAGGAGAUGCUCUCUGCCAGUAUUUCUCAGACUCGUAUCCUGCAGACCUGUGGCGUCCCUCACCCAAACAUGGUGAGCGGUGCAAACCCGCUGCAAGGGUCUCUUACUCCUUGCUUGUACAAGUUUCCUGAUCAUGGUCUAAGUAGUGGUUCUUGUGCGUUAAGCCACGGUUUCUCUUCGCUGCCCUCGGCUCUCCUCUCAACUGAUGAGGCCCCUGGGGGCCCCAGUGUUGGAGAGAUGAAAACCGAUGCUCAAAGGAAGAGCAUGCGAGACCCUGAAGAUGCCCCUGCCAUGGACUCCCCACAGAUACGAGAGCUGGAGAUGUUUGCCAAUGACUUCAAAAUACGGAGGAUCAAACUUGGCUACACUCAGACUAAUGUAGGCGAGGCUCUUGCUGCAGUGCACGGCUCAGAGUUCAGCCAGACCACGAUCUGCCGCUUUGAAAAUUUGCAGCUGAGCUUUAAGAACGCCUGCAAACUCAAAGCCAUUCUGGCAAAAUGGCUGAACGAAGCUGAGCUGGCCGGUGCUUUGUACAAUGAUAAAAUAGGAAUGAAUGAGCGGAAGAGAAAAAGGAGAACAACUAUCAGCCUGGGAGCUAAGGAGGCUCUGGAGCGCAGCUUUGUGGAGAAAAGUAAGCCAUCCUCUCAAGAAAUAGCCCGGAUAGCCAAAGGCCUCCAUCUGGAGAAGGAGGUGGUCAGAGUCUGGUUCUGCAACCGGCGGCAAAGAGAGAAACGGGUUAAAACGAGCCUCAACCUCAGCUCCUGUUUGACCAAGCUCAGUCCCAACUGCAUAGCACAGAUGAGUAAAGCACAAAGGCCAAUGACGUGAUUUCAGGUUCACACAGAGAGAGUCUGUUCAGUAACGGAGGUUCCACACAAAAAAUGUGUUACUUCAAAUGUGUUAAUCAUUCCAGUGUGAAGUGGGAGAAUUAUUUAAUAGAAAAGCCUAAUAAUAAAAACGUCCCCCAGCCUGCAGUAAGCAGCGGCUGACGCACUUAAAACUAUUUCACUAAUUUAACAUUCAAAUGAGAAAUUAUAUCCUGUAACCAUCAGCCUGGGAAAAAUAAAAAAUAAAAUAAACAACACAAUUUUGCUAUAAAAAACAUGAGUCAUUGUCAGGAGCAAAUGUGCGUUUAAUUUGUACAGACAACCAUUAUUACAGUUUUUUUUAAAUGUAAUUUCUAUGUUGUUUUUCUUCUUAUUUACUGUAAUAAAAAUUUGCAGCAUUUAAAAAAAAUAUACUGUACUAUACUAUAAAUGUCAAAGAGCAUCCGAGGCAUUCAUUUUUCUUUUGAAGUUACAACUGUGCAGAUUAAAUGUUUUCAUUUACUGCAUAUGAGCAGCUACCAAUCCUGACACUUAGACGUACUGAAUCCUGGCUGUGCCUUGUUUGCUAUAUGAAUACUGAAUGUAUAUUAACCACAGACAGCAAAUAUAAUUUAGAUUGCAGGUGAGUGCUCCCAUCGAUCAGUCCUGUGCCUUUCUCAAAACAGACGUUAGCAAUACCGUCCUCAACUUCGUCCUUUAUUUUGUGCACGAGGAGAAAGAAAUGUUAUUGUUGAUGAAAUUAAGUGUUAAGACAUUCACAUCUGCAUUGAACAGCAGAGUCUUUGUGCUGUGUGUGUUUGUGCAUUAGAGCCUCUUUUUAGCUUCCUGUCACUGUCUUAUAGAAAAUGUUUGAUGAUGAGUUAUUUAAAUAAAUAUCGCCGUGCUCAAAACAUGAAUAUAUUUAAAGUUUCACGACAACCUAUUUAUUUGAGAUGUAAUAUAUUAUGCUGAUCUACUUACAAACUCUGUGAUUGAUGCUCUGAAGUCAGGAAUAUGUGAAACUUUUUGCAGUUUAUGUCAAAUGAAUCUGAGCUCUGCUGUUUCCCUGUUCAUCUUUCAUAUUUGUUGAUGUUCAUGCUUUUGUUGCUGCUGCCUUGACAAAGUGUCAAAAAAAGAAGAACACGAGCCAGUCACGACUCUGACCUGGUUGGGAUGACUGAUGCGAAACAUCUUAGUAAAGUGAAGAAACAAGCUAACACCUUCUCAGACAAAAUCUGGGCUGCAAUAUUCAGCCUAUGUCAGGGACCAUUAACUGAUGUCUGGAAAAGCUAAAAAAAAAAACAACAACAAAUAAUGAAUGAAAAUAUGUGUCCUAUAAGAAUGUCAGACAGAUAUGAAGUGCCUUUAUUUAACUUGAUUGAGAAUAUAAAUAUGCCAAAGACAUAGCCGGUUAGUGCAAAAUCUUUCACUUGUUUUAAGAAAUUGUCUCAGACACUGAAAGUUAAAUUGGUUCAGCUCACUGCCAAACAAUAAAUUCUUUUUUAUGAUGA